AUGCCUAUUGCCGUGCAAGACCCAACACCAGCCACCCCCACCACCGUUCCCGGGAAAGCGGACGCCAAAUCCCACCCCCAGCCCACACACCCGGGCCUCCUCCACGUCCAGCGCAGCGCGCAGGCGUUUGGCUCGUCGGCAAUCAGCGAGGUCUCGCUGCCAGCGGGCGCGCUGUUCGCCAAAAUCACCACUGCCACUCCGGCUACCAAAGCGUACACAUCCGUCCAAGUGUCGCGCGAUGCGCACAUCGAGCUCAAUUCCGACCUCGUCUACUGCAACCACUCCUGCGACCCGACGCUCAAUUUCGACAUGGGAAAGAUGGAAGUCCGCGUCGUGGACAACCGUCCUCUGAAGAAGGGCGAUCAGUUGACGUUCUUCUACCCGAGCUCUGAAUGGGAGAUGGACCAGCCGUUCCAGUGUACCUGCGGGGCGGGCGAGAAAUGUAAAGGGUUUAUCAAGGGAGCGAAGGGGCUGGGGAGAGACGGACUCAAGGGGUACUGGUUGAACGCUCACAUUGAAGAGCUCGUCCAGGAGGAGGAGCAGAAAAAGAACGCGGACGGACAGUGA